AUGAGUGGCCAUCUUCAAGAACAUCAAGGAACCAAUACAGAGAAGAAACAUUUUGAAUGUUCAGUGUGUGGAAAAAGAUUCAGUCGAAGUAUCAGCCUUCAAUGGCAGCACAGAACCCACACAGGGGAGAAACCUUUUGAAUCCUCAGUGUGUGAAAAGAAAUUCUGUAGGAGUGACCAACUUCAAGACCAUCAAAGAACUCACUCAGGGGAGAAACCUUUUGAGUGCUCAGAGUGUAGAAAGAGAUUCAGUCACAGUAGAUAUCUUAAACGGCACCAAAGAACCCACACAGGGGUCAAACCUUUUGAAUGUUCGGAGUGUGGAAAGAGAUUCAGUCAGAGUAGCCAUCUUCAACAGCACCAAAGAACCCACACAGGGGACAGACCUUUUGAAUGUUCAGAGUGUGGAAAGAGAUUCAGUCAGAGUAGCCAUCUUCAACAGCACCAAAGAACCCACACAGGGGACAGACCUUUUGAAUGUUCAGAGUGUGGGAAGAGAUUCAGUCACAGUUCAAAUCUUCAACAGCACCGCAGAACCCACACAGGGGAAAAACCUUUCAAAUGCUCAGAGUGUGGAAUGGGAUUCAGUCAGCACACCCAUCUUCGACAGCAUCAAAGAACUCACACAGGGGAGAAACCUUUCCAGUGCUCAGAGUGUGGAAUGGGAUUCAGCCGGAACAGCAAUCUUCAACGGCAUCAAAGAACC